UGGCGGCCAGAGCGGCGGCGGCGGCGGCGGCGGCGGCUGCGGCCGAGACGCUGGGAUGGCGGGCGCCGGGAGCGAAGCCCGGUUCGCCGGGCUGUCGCUGGUGCAGCUCAACGAGCUGCUGGAGGACGAGGGGCAGCUGACGGAGAUGGUGCAGAAGAUGGAGGAGACGCAGAACGUUCAGCUUAACAAAGAAAUGACGCUGGCCAGCAACCGGAGCCUGGCAGAGGGAAACCUUCUGUACCAGCCCCAGCUGGACUCUCUGAAAGCACGUUUGACCCAAAAAUACCAGGAACUCCAGGUGCUCUUUGAAGCCUAUCAGAUAAAGAAGACCAAAUUAGAUAAACAAUCCAGCAGCGCUUCCUUGGAGACCCUGUUAGCGCUUCUCCAGGCAGAAGGGGCCAAGAUCGAGGAAGACACGGAGAACAUGGCAGAGAAGUUUCUGGACGGAGAGCUUUCUCUGGACUCCUUCAUUGACGUCUAUCAGAGCAAGCGGAAGCUGGCCCACAUGCGAAGAGUUAAAAUCGAGAAGCUCCAGGAGAUGGUGCUGAAGGGGCAGAGACUUCCACAGGCUCCGGCUGCUCUGCCGCCCAGGGCGCCCGAGCCGGUGCCCGCCGCCCCACCCUACGCCACCCCGGAGGCCAGCGGGCCCCCCUCCGUUGUGCCUCGGCGCAUCCCGCCCCCGCCACCCCCGGUGCCUGCAGGACGCCUGGCCACGCCGUUUACUGCCGCCUUGGGCUCGGGACAGGCCCUCCCAUACCCAGUGUCACAGUGCCCUCCCCUCCCCCCCCGAGUGGGCCUCCCUCCCCAGCAAGGCUUCUCCUCGCCGUUCGUGUCACCAUACCCGCCGGCUCUGCCCCAGAGACCCCCGCCCCGACUGUCUCCGCACCAGCCAGGCUUCAUCCUCCAGUGAGCGUCCCUCCGUCUUCCUGGGAGACGCCUGCGCCUGCCGGCCGGGGCUCCGCGCACGCGGAAGCUGUGAGCACCGGCUGCUUGACUGGGGGCUCCAGUGCCCGGAUCCGCGCACCUGUUGGUUUUAGAGCUGUAGGUCCGUGGUAAGUAGACGUAGAACCCUGGUUUCGGACACCUGGGCGGUUGUGUGCUGGGCCUCUGCCUGGCACCCCCGUGGCCACGCCGGCCUGUGUUCUCGGUAUAACUUCUCUCAGUCUUUAGUGUUGAUGAACUUACGCGUUUUGGGGAACAAAGCCUCCCCCCAUUCCCACUUUGGGUCGUGGUCCUCCCGUCGCAGCUUUAUUUAAUAAGCAUGGUUCAUCAUUUCUGCUUUAUUUUCAAAACGGUUCUGUGUGUCCCAGCCCACCACCCACUGCAGCCCCUGGUGGGGGUCAGUCGGGUGGGCCAGCCUGGAAGGUGCUGACUAAAUCUGUGUGGGGAGUCGUCACCCCCCCACACCACUCCCCCUAAACCCUGAGGCUUCACAGCUACCUGCAGAGUUUGCACUUGGCCCACUGCCAUGCCCAGAGGCCAGGCGAGUUGUGGCCAGGUGAGGAGACGGGUGUGAGCUGGACUCUGUCCAGCUCCUCUUCCUCCUGCACCUCGAGCCAGCCCCCGAGGCUUUCUAUGAAGAAAAACUCCCCCCCAUAUUUUUACUGUGUGUGUAAUUUUCCUGUUUUAUAUUGGGAAAGAAAACUUUUUUGACACAUAAGAUCAUUCAGGGAAACUUUAUAAAAAAUGCACAUAUUGUUCUGAGCAGAUUGAGAUGCAGAUGAAGUGAAUGCAAUUUCCUUUCUUGCAAGCGGUGCACGGGUCGCACUGCAGGUGCCUGUGCUGUGCCUUAGCUUCACCUGGUGCCAGGGAGGGGCCGGCCAGGCUGCGGGGCACCGACACCAGCUGCUGCCCAGCGCCCGGGAGGGGCUUGUCUGUGUUUGCUGUUGAAGGAGGGAGAAAAGCCCGCCUGCCUCUAGCGGGACCUCGGGGCACAGGUGGGGCGGGGGUGGGCCUGAGGGACACCAGCAGCGUCUCAGCUUGUCUGGAGAAAGCCCCCCACCGGCCGAUGCUCUGGCCGUGCCCCAGGCUCUUCCUGCCCUUCCGGGUUCUGUCCACAUGUGCCAUUGUGUGAAUUCCCAGGGCCCACCUGCCUGUUGGCAAAAAAAAAAAAAGCCUGGGUGCUGAGUUGUGGCACUCCUGGCCCCGGCCUCGACUGCCCAGGUGAUGGAACACAGGCAGAGCUCAAACGGGUCUGUCCCAGCAGACCCCGGGCGAGGCCACCAACCUUGUCCUCAAUUACCAGACAUUUCUACUCCUGGACUGGAACUCUACUGUAUCAGAACUGUUUCUAAAGAAAAUAGCAGUAAAGGACAAUUUACUGCCCUGCCAAUCAGGUGGGCCUGCCACGCCUGCAUCUCGAGAGCCGUGCCACCCACCCCGUACCUCUGCCGUCCAUCCCGCUGUCGGGAGUGCCCACAGCCCACACGGGGCUCAGCCAAACACGUGUGAGCUCGGCCUUGAUGUGGGGACGGGGCUGCCAGCCUGGCCUCACCAUCUCCAGGGCCGUGACUGAGCUGUGGUUGUAAAGCUGUUAAGACCCUUUUUAAUAAAUAGAGAAUUGUUAAUAACAGAAUUGUUAGUAACAGCCCUGUCGUUUAUUUGCCGGGGGAUGUUUGUGAUGUGUUUGGUUUUAGAAUAUCAGUAAUCAGCAUUCCAACAGGGAAGAUGCCUGGUGUGAUUACUGAAGUUAAACUAAAGGCCACCUUAUGUGUCUGCCUGGCCCAGGUUCCCAGCCCUAAGGGCAGUGUUUUAAUCAGGAAUUCUCAUAAAUGUCAGUAAAGGGCAGAAAGACUCACGUUC